AUGCCACCCCCUCCAAUCCACCGCCGUCAAGAAUCAAACACCACCUACUCCCGCCCCUCAACCCUUCCAGGAAGAGACUACAACACAACAGCAACCCACACAUUCAACACAAACCCAAACACCACAUACACCCCCAAUUACAGCUCCAACGCCUCCACUCCUUCCAUGUCCGCUGCCAAAUCGCGUCAAUAUGCCCAUCUCCAUUCCCAGCUCGCACAACUCAACGCCAACCUCGCCGACACGGAGAACUUACUCCGCAUGACCGCCGUACAGGCGGCAGACAUGCGUUUCCUCGGCGGAUAUUCUGGGGCGCUGUUUAUGGGCUCUGCAAAGAUUCUGGGCGAGGAGGGGGUUAAGGGAAAUGCGGAUAAGGAUAAGAAGACUGAUUCCGAAGCGGGAAUUAAGAGGGAAGAGAGUGAAGAGGAUUGA